AUGGGUCUCGCUUUCACGAAGAUAUGGCAGCGCCUGAUCGGGAAGCAGGAGAUGCGGAUUUUGAUGGUCGGUUUAGAUGCGGCUGGCAAGACAACCAUUCUCUACAAGCUGAAGUUGGGCGAAGUGGUCACCACAAUUCCCACGAUCGGCUUCAAUGUGGAGACGGUGGAGUACAAGAACUUGUCUUUCACGGUGUGGGACGUUGGCGGUCAGGACAAGAUUCGCCCCCUGUGGCGCCACUACUAUCAGGGGACGAACGGCUUGAUCUACGUGGUUGACAGCAACGACAGGGACCGCAUCGAAGACGCGCGCGAGGAACUCAACAAAAUGUUGAACGAAGACGAGAUGCGUGAUGCCGUGCUGUUGGUCUUCGCCAACAAGCAGGACCUGCCGAAUGCGAUGACGGCAGCGGAAGUCACCGAGAAGCUCGGUCUUCACAACCUGCGCCAUCGUCAGUGGUUCAUCCAGUCUGCCUGCGCCACCACGGGAGACGGUCUCUACGAGGGUCUGGAUUGGCUCUCGCGGACGCUGUCCUCAAAGCGCUGA